GGAAUAAUAAUAAUAAUAAUAAUAGCUGACCCGACUUCUGCCUUUUUUUUUCUCUCUCCCUCGUCAACUACCACCUCCAUCAUCACCAUCGCUGAUAGCCGACCACCAUGGCCGGGAAUGACAAGUCUACUGGGCCAACUGACAGUCCUCCUCCUGAACACAUCAAUGCGACCACCGGCGAACUAGAGCUUCCUUCCGGAUGGAUGUACCGACGGUUCAAGAUCGGUCGCUUCACGACCCCCUGGUACGCGUCGCCCAAGUUCCAGCUGGGCACCGUCGCGUUCGUCUGCUUCAUGUGUCCCGGCAUGUUCAACGCCCUGGGUGGUCUUGGAGGAGGUGGUCGAAAAGAUCCUCACUUGGUCGAUAAGAUGAAUAUCGCCCUCUACAGUACCUUUGCGGUCGUUGGCUUUGCGGCCGGUAGCAUUGUCAAUCGUCUCGGUGUGCGUCUCACCAUUGCCUUUGGUGGGUUGGGAUACUGCAUCUACGCCAUCAGUCUGCUGGUGUCGCUCCAUGCUCACGUAGAUGGAUUUAACAUUUUCGCUGGGGUUUUCCUCGGUAUCUGCGCUGGCCUGCUGUGGUCUGCUCAGGGUGCUAUAAUGAUGUCCUACCCCACUGAAUCCCAGAAGGGAAGAUACUGGGCGUGGUUCUGGGGUAUCUUCAAUGUUGGCGCCUGUAUCGGGAGUUUGAUCCCCCUGGGACAAACAGCCGACAGCAAGGAAAGCACCGUCUCCGUGGGCGAUGGGACUUACAUUGCCUUCAUCGUCCUGAUGUUCUUCGGUGCCAUCCUUGGUCUUUGUCUCUGUAAUGCCGACAAUAUUAUUCGUUCCGACGGAUCUCGUGUCAUCCUGAUGAAGAACCCCAGCUGGAUUUCUGAAAUCGUCGGUCUGUGGGAUACUCUCCGUGCCGAGCCCUUUGUCAUCCUGCUGUUCCCCAUGUUCUGGUCUUCGAACUGGUUCUACACUUACCAGCCCAACUGCGUCAACGCCGCCCGCUUCAAUAUCCGUACGCGCUCCCUGAACAGCUUCCUGUACUGGUUCGCUCAGAUCCUUGCCGCCAUGACCAUCGGCCCAUUGUUGGAUAUCGACCGCGUGCGUCGCACCACUCGUGCCCGCAUUUCGCUGUGCGUGCUCUUCUCCCUGACCAUGGCUAUCUGGGGUGGUGGAUACGCGUAUCAGAAGAAGUAUACGCGAGAAUCCGUCAAUGCUGCAGACUUUGUCCCCACCGACUGGUCCACGUCGGGCUAUGUCGGUCCCAUGUUUCUGUAUCUCUUCUAUGGCUUCUUUGAUGCGGUCUGGCAGGGCACUGUCUACUGGUACAUGGGUGCGCUUGCCAACUCCGGCCGUAAAUUGGCCAACCUGGCGGGUUUCUACAAGGGUCUGCAGUCUGCCGGCGCGGCUGUCGCGUUCAGUAUCGAUUAUCACGAGGCAUCGUACAUGACCGAGUUUGCCACCAACUGGGGUCUCCUGGCCGGUUCACUUGUAAUCGCCAUCCCGGUGGUGUUCAUGAGGAUCAAGGACCAUGUUCCAAUUGAGGAGGACCUGAAGGGCACCAACGAGACUCUCGCCGAUGUACUGCCCGUGGGGCACACGGAGAAGCAGGCAGCGACUGCGAUGCAGGAGGUAUAAUCAGUACGGAACCCUUUCCCAGAAACAUUCUCAACGGACAUGAUGUAGGUCCUGGCAAUCUUUACGACAUCCAUGGAUGACGCCUUAGUUUUUUUUAAUAGCCAAUUGAUAUAAUUUUUGUUAGCGUAGGCAACUUGUCCAUUCUGGAGAGAGAGUGUGUGAGUGUGAGAGUGAGUGUGAGAGAGAGGCAAUGCAUACCAGCCUACUAUGGGUUUUGGUGUUGAUUGUCGAAGGACCAAAUACUCUUACAGAGAGCCGAAUACGAGAUCUGUUGUCCCGUGGUUCAGCUUCUUCCUAGUUAGGCUUAGCUCACGUUAGUCAGCAUGAGUGUAGUGUUGGAGGUCACGUGUGUUCUGCCUAGUUACACCGCCCUCGUCUGCCUAGUAGAGCUAGUUCCGCCUACCUAGAUAGGAAUCCAACAUAAGACAUACCUCCAAUAGUGAUAGUCCCGACUCCGCACCUCCCUAGAUCAACCAACUCAGCGAGUUUGUGACCCAUCUGGAUUAUUGAUAUUUUGUUCGACCCACAGAAAAGCCAAUUUAAUCAAAUAAGAAGAUGGUCAGCCGAAAAUACGACGGUUAUAAUAAAAACGAUGCCGCUUUGCUAGGCCACAGCCCCCCCCGAACGGGAAAUCUUGUUGUUGGGUUGUCACGUCCGGUUUCCAGUUCUCUCCACAUUCAUUUCGAGGAUGCGGCUGUAAUGCCUCCGCCGUUCUUGUUCGUGGCUUUGGAACCUGCCAUUGCUGAUGAUCACUGCUGCCCCUAUCCAGAGCCCACCUGCAGGCACAGAUGAAAGUUCGUCUGAGAGAAUUUUCUC